AAACAGAGAAACAGAGAGAGAGAGAGACUGAAACAGAGAAACAGAGAGAGAGAGAAACAGAGAGAGAGAGAGAGAAACAGAGAGAGACAGAGAGAGAGAGAGAAAGAGAGAGACUGUAGCCAACAUUACAGAAGAUAUGUGUGACGUCUUUUUUUAAUCACACAUCUAAAAAGGAAGUGUUGUGUUUCAGAUCGCUUAAACACACGCACACAGCAGCUGCUACUUCUCCUGGCUCUCUGUACCCUCAGCCAGUCUGUUGUUGACCUGUCAGUGAGCAUGUCGGGUAGUGUUAGUGUUUGGAGGGUAGUGAGCUGGAUGGUGCUGGGCAUGGUCCUGGGGCUCAGUGGUGGGGGCUCAGCCCUGAAGAUCUGCACCUUCAACAUCCAGUCCUUUGGAGAGAAGAAAAUAGAGAAGCCAGAGGUGGUUGAUGUCAUAUUGGCUGUAAUCGCUCGCUGUGACAUCAUGCUGGCUGGUGAUAACCAAGGCCUGAGAUUAAAGAUCUGGCCUCAGCUCAUGACCAAGGCCUGAAAGACAACUGGCAACAGUGACUACAGCUCCAGGAAGAAUGAGUAUAACUAUGUGAUCAGUGACAGACUGGGACGUAAGUCCUACAAGGAGCAGUAUGCCUUUAUCUACAGACAGAGGCUGGUGUCAGUGAAGGAAGUGUACCAGUACCCUGACACCCAACCUGGAGAUGAGGAUGCCUUCUCCAGGGAACCUUUCAUCGUCUGGUUCUCUUCCCCCAAAACAGCCGUCCAGGACUUUGUGAUCAUCCCGAUCCACACCACUCCAGAGACGUCCGUCAGGGAGAUAAAUGAACUGUACGAUGUGUUCCAAGAUGUCAAACAGCGAUGGACCUCAAAGAAUGUGAUCAUCAUGGGCGACUUCAAUGCGGCCUGCGGCUACGUACCCAAGAAGCAGUGGAGCAACAUCCGCCUGCGGUCUGACAGCAGCUUCCUGUGGCUGACGGGUGACACCGUCGACACCACCGUCAAGGAGUCCACAGACUGUGCCUAUGACAGGAUUGUCCUCCACGGGGACAAGAUGAUCCAGGCAGUCAACCCAACCUCUCUGGAUGUGUUUGACUUCAGACGGGCCUACGGACUAACCGAGCUACAGGCCCUGGCGGUGAGUGACCACUACCCAGUGUGCAUCACUGUGAAGGCAGCUCCGAGGAAUAAGGGUUAACGUCUUGUCCUCGUAACGGUACCGUCCUGACGACGUCUCGGUGUCCCUCGGUGGUCUGUGUGCGUCCUGCAGUGUUUGCUUUGCUCCAGUCCAGAGCCAUCAGGCUAAAGCUAAAUUAAUCAAUUCAUACCAGAAGCAUGGUCACUGAGCUGCACUGUGUGCUUCAAGGUUAUAAUAGUUUUGUGUUUUAUAUUCGUUUUUAUUUCUAUUAGUAUUUUUUUUUAAACUUAAUCUAGUAGUUGUUAUUCUAUUUGAGUUUUCUAAAAACAUUUCUAUUUGGUUUUUGAUAUGAUUUAGUUUUAGUGUUAGCCUGGGCUAGCUAGGAGGCAUGUAUGUGUUCUAGGUUGUAUUUCUAGUAGUCUCAGACCUAGAUUAUAGAUUAUUACAGAUUGCAUUACAGAUUAGAUUAUUACAAACCUAGACCUAGAGCAACAGACCUAGACCCAGAGCAACAGACCUAUAGAAACAGACCUAGACAUAGAGCACCAGACCUAGAGCAACAUAUCUAUAACAACAGACCCAGAGCAACAGACCUAGACCUAUAGCAACAGACCUAGAGCAACAGACCUAGAGCAACAGACCUAGACCUAGAGCAACAGACCUAGAGCAACAGACC